GAAUUGCAUUGUGGGUAAAGGAAGAAGAAUGCGUGUAAUAAAACAAAAUGUGUAUCUCUCGUUCUCGUUCAUUCUCUUUGAGGCUUUCGGUGAAGCUAAACUUUGACUGAGGCUACUUGUCCACCACAGUGUUGAUAUUUUAACUUGAGCGAGGGGCUUCAGUGCUUGCUUCCACCGCUGCCGGUGAUGUCAGACGGCGGCUGGGUCAUGUGAAGGUCAGCAGCGUCGGAGGUUCACGGAGAGUUCAGUCGCAUACAUUAGGUAACACCAUCGGUCGCUCUGACAUAACUAGUAUGAAGCAGGGUGAGUUGAGACAUUCGUCAAUAAGAGAGAGAUAAGACGCAGCAGUAAUAGUAGUAGAAGAAGAAGUCCCGGGACAAACUUUGUUAUGCAAAACAGGCUUCAGGUUUGGAUGUGUUUAACCUUUGCCUCGCUGUUGGGGCGCUUCAGUCUGCUGGCAACAUGCAAACAGUUUCUGACCGUUUGUGGGAAACGUAGCGCACACGUGAAACACGCGGAGAUGCGUUACUGCUAAGACACCGUUUGCAUCGAGAAGCCUGCACAGUGCAAUCAGAGACUUCGCUCAGAUUGAAACCACAUCAUGUUUGACUACUUGGAGUUUCAAGCUUUCGGUGCUGGAGAAAUCCUGGACUUGUACAGCGCACCCAGCCCUGCCUGCACGCUGCAGGAGCCGGACCAGGACUUGUCAGCCUUCUUCCCCGAGCUGAUGGAGGCGGACUGGCAGCAGCACCGGUGCUCGCAGUCAGUGGGGAGCCAAACCUCCAGCUCCAGCUCAGACGACCUGUUCACCAGCCCCCCGUCCCCGAUGCCCCCUCCUCGCACUUACAAGCCCUGUUUUGUGUGUCAAGACAAGUCCUCAGGCUACCACUACGGCGUCAGCGCCUGCGAGGGCUGCAAGGGCUUCUUCCGCCGCAGCGUGCAGAAAAACAUGGUGUACACCUGCCACCGAGACAGAAACUGCAUCAUCAACAAGAUCACCAGGAACCGCUGUCAGUACUGUCGGCUGCAGAAGUGCUUCGCUGUGGGGAUGUCUAAGGAGUUGAGAAACGACAGAAACCAGAGGAAGGGGAAGAAAGAAGCGGUGAAGAUGACCAUCAUGGAGACGUACGAACUGACGGCGGAGCUCGGCCUGAUAGUGGAGAAGAUCUGCAGGGCUCACAGAGAGACCUUCCCCUCGCUUUGCCAGCUGGGAAAAUACACCACAAACUCCAGCUCAGACCACAGAAUCCAGCUGGACCUCGGCCUGUGGGACAAGUUCAGCGAGCUCGCCACCAAGUGCAUCAUCAAGGUGGUGGAGUUCGCCAAGCGAGUGCCUGGAUUCACCGGCCUGACCAUCGCUGACCAGAUCACUCUGCUCAAAACCGCCUGCCUGGACAUCCUGAUCCUGAGGAUUUGCACUCGCUACACUCCGGACCAGGACACCAUGACCUUCUCCGACGGGCUGACGCUGACCCGCACUCAGAUCCACAACGCCGGAUUUGGACCUUUGACAGAUCAGGUUUUCACGUUUGCCGGCCAGCUGCUGCCGCUGCAGAUGGACGAUGCGGAGAGCGGCCUCCUCAGCGCCAUCUGUCUCGUCUCUGGAGACCGUCAGGACUUGGAGGAGCCGUCCAAGGUGGAGGUUCUGCAGGAGCCGCUGCUGGAGGCGCUGAAGAUUUACUCCCGCAGACGGCGGCCCAGCAUGCCCCUCAUGUUCCCCAAGGCCCUCAUGAAGAUCACUGACCUGCGCAGCAUCAGCGCCAAAGGAGCUGAGAGGGUGGUGACGCUGAAGACGGAGAUCCCGGGCUCCAUGCCGCCUCUGAUCGAGGAGAUGCUGGAGGAUCUGCAGAACCUGGAAAAACACCAGAAGAAACAGUCGGAGGAGAGCGAAGCGGAGCAGCGCACCAGCCAGCACACACACUCCUUGCAGGUCAUGAACUCCUCUGACUUCUUGCUCUGAAGCUGCUCAAAACACAAACGGUAUAAACUACAGAGGCAGUCUGGAGGGUUGGUGUCUUACCUCAGUUUCGUUGUUGCAUACUCGCCGGUGAACAAAGAGUCAAAAUUCUGCUUCAAAAGGGAGAAUAAUGCAGUCAUGUUUGAAUCUCUCACACUUUGAUUUUCUAAGUCCUCCCGGCAGUCGCCUCAUCACCACCAGGAGCCAGUCCAGUUUCUGUUGUAUUUAUAUGUGCAUGAGAUUUCACAAGGAUUAAGUUUUACCUCAUUCAAUAACAAUGCUUUUAGCAUUAGGUUAGCAAGGUUAGCAAACGUAUGAACUUCAAUUUCUGUUUUUUUAGCUUUUCACUUACACGUGUCUACUGUUUGUAUGAACAAUUUACUGAUUUCAACAUGUGUGAAACGAAAACUGUUGAAACAUAUUUAGAGAAAUAAGCAGAUUUUUCUGUGCAAAAGGGAAACAUAAAUGCAAAAACUUGUUUUUACUUGUUAGGGUUCCCAACCGGCAUUAGCAAAGUUCACAAGGUAUACUGUGCAGCUGGGUUUGUCAGUGAAAACGAGAAAGUAAAUACAGUUAAGCAAAAAGUAUCAAAUAAGUUCCUGUGCUUAUUAGUGAUAUUGUUACAUACAGUAUAUUGAUGCAAUUUAAAACUAUAGUUUGACAUUUUGGGAACCAAAAUAAAGUGGUUAACAUGAAGCAGGAGCCAGCAGCUGAUUAGCUUAGCAGGAACACCACAGCUGUGUCAGAAAUCACUCAUUCACUCCCGACUCCUCAGACGAAUUCAGACAAAUGAAACGAUGGAGGGUAAAUAAGGCCUGCAGGUCCGUCACUACACCCAGUGAAACAAGCAGAUCUGCUCAUAACGAACUGACGUUUUUACACUUUUGUACAGAUUAAACAAAGAACAAAAGACUUUUUAGUCAGUGAGCUGGAACGUGGAUUUUGUUAGAUAGAACCGUGCCACCCACCUGGCCAGUUGUUGUUUGUGCUAAGCUAAGCUAACCAGCUGUAGGUCCAGUUCUGAACGUUGAAUGAUAAGACAUGAAAGUGGUAUUGAUCCUCUCCGUGCCGCUGGAGAUCUGCUUCCUUGUUUUGCAAUAUCAAAUAUUAAGAGUUUGUACGUUGUAAGUGAGCUAAUAAGCAACUUUUCUCUUUUAUAAAGUUUUAAUUCCAGAUGUGCAGCUGUUGGUAGACCUGAAUAAAUGUCCAAAAUGUUCAGGUCUCAGUAUUGAGCCUAUACUGAAACUUUUUUGAUGCCUUAUUUUGAUGAGUUCUGUAUAAACACAUUUUCUACAAAAUAACCUUAAUUUUUCAUUUAACAGAAUAAGCCAGUUUUUGAAAUGCAUCAGUGUUUGAUAUUGUCUUAUUACAGAUAGCUGUGCAUGACUUUUACCAAAAUAAAAUAUACUGUAGAAAAAAUACUACUAAUAAAAAUGUAUCUGUACUUGCAACUGGAGGAAAAGCAUUAUGGGAAAAGUUGCCUGUGUACUGUAAAGACUCGUGUGCCUACUCAUCAUCUUCCAUAUCUGCAAAUUUCUUAGUAGA